AUGCGUGUACGUGUGGAUCAGGAAGCCAGCUCUAGGCUACCACAGCGCCCAGCGUCGACGACACAACGUUCGAUUAUCUCUGAUAAAAAAUUAAAAGGAUUGAAGGCUUCACUUCUGAUACCCGGCCGUGGGGAGCCCAUAAAAGAUGGCGCAGUUGUGAUUGAUGGCCCGAAAAUCGCCUGGGUCGGCGAUCAGUCCGCUAUUCCAACCAAGUAUGAAGACGUUGGGUUCAAAGACGUCCCAGUCUUGAUGCCGGGUCUCUGGGACUGUCAUACACACUUCCAAGGGAUGGAUAACGAAGACGACAAUAUACAAGUUUUAUUCAGCUCUGCGGCGCUGCAAGGUGCACGCGCUGCGAAGGAGCUUGAGACGGCCUUAAUGGCCGGCGUUACCACUAUACGCGAGGUAGGUGGAAUAGCAGGAGAGAUAUGGCCAGCUAUAAAAAAGGGUACUCUCGUUGGUCCGAACGUGUACUCCAGCAUCGGCGUGUUGGGCAUAACCGGUGGUCAUUCAGAUAUCCAUAACGUACCCAUCGAAGAAGUUCUUGCCAGACGGAGCACUGGCCCUUUUGUUGUAUGCGAUGGAGUUUCGGACUGCAUCAAGACUGUUAGAUUAAUGGUACGCAGAGGCGCGACACUUAUUAAGAUUUGCGCAACUGGUGGCGUGGGUUCCUUGCUGGAUGAUCCAGAGGAUGCCCAAUUCUCACCAGAAGAAAUCAAAGCCAUUGUCGACGAGGCAGCACGCACGAAGAGAAUAGUUGCAGCACACUGUCAUGGGAAAGAGGGUAUAAUGAAUGCUCUGAAUAAUGGUGUACACACUAUUGAGCAUGGAAGUUAUCUGGAUGAGGAGGUUGCUUCAUUGAUGAGGGUAAAGAAUGCUAUUUUCGUUUCGACUAGAUUGAUUGUUGAGGAGGGCCUCAAAAAUCCCAACGUCUUCCCACCAAGUAGUUAUCAGAAGCUACUCAAGAUCAGUGAUGCGCAUAAAAAAGCAUACGCAUUGGCCAUCAAAUCCGGGGUCAAAGUGGCACUCGGUACAGACUGGACAGCCGGCGAGAAUGGAAAGGAACUCGCUUAUGCUGUUGAAGCCGGCAUGUCUCCCUUGCAAGCUAUUGAGGCUUGUACGGCUCGAUGUCCAGAAACACUGGGGUCGCAUUUUGCGCCCUUAUCGGGUCAGUUAAAGGAAGGAUAUGAUGCUGAUGUGAUAGCAGUGGCGAGUAAUCCUUUGGACGAUAUCAAGAUCCUGGGAGAACCGGAGAAGGUCACACAUGUAUGGAAAGGGGGUAAACUGUAUAAAGGUUCUCUGUGA